UGUGCAGUCUUCAUCAUGUGGCUGUUGAUAUUCUUAGCCUGGUUGGUGAUAUGGGCUGGAGGGACGUACUGGUAUCUUUUCGGCAAGCCAAGCCCUUUCUCUCUGGAGUCAGUGAGGCCUCCGGGACCCCGGGAGUUUGACCAGAGGAAGAGGGACAAAGUCAUCAAACUAGGUUUCAGUGUUGACAAAGUGCCCCAGAACCUGGAUGCCAUAGUGAUUGGUAGUGGCAUUGGGGGCCUGACGGUGGCGGCCACGUUGGCCAAAGUGGGGAAGAAGGUCCUGGUCCUGGAACAGCAUGACCAGUCAGGAGGCUGCUGUCACACCUACGUAGAGAAAGGAUUUGAAUUUGAUGUUGGUCUCCACUACAUCGGCCAGCUUCAUGAGAACAGUCUGCUGCGUAUUGCCUUCGACCAGAUCACCGAGGGCCAGUUGGAGUUUGUGGAGCUGGACCAGCACUUUGACACCAUCCAGAUUGGUGAGGGAGAGGACAAACGCGAGUACACCAUCUUCUCUGGCAAGACAGAGAUGGAGGCUCACCUGAAAAAUCAGUUUCCAGACGACGUCACUGCCAUUGAAACUUUUUUCAAAAUCAUGAAGGUGUCAGCCAAGAAGACUCACUAUCUGGCCUCUCUGAAGCUGAUCCCCCAGUGGCUGGCUCUGUUCUUGCUGAAGUCCGGCAUCACACACCUCUGCUCCUCCAUCUUUACCCUCUCUGGUACUGGAGCUACAGACCUGGUGAGCACCUUGACCACCAACAAGGACCUUCACGUCAUCUUCAGUUACCUCUUCUACGGUGUCCCCCCCAAGGAUUCCAGUGUUAUGAUCAAUGCUCUUCUGUUGCACCACUACAAGAGAGGAGCGUACUACCCUAAAGGAGGAGCCAGUGAGAUCUCCUACCACAUCAUCCCUGUCAUCCAGAAGUCUGGAGGCAACGUCCUGGUCAGAGCACCUGUCACUCAGAUCCUGGUCAACAAUGACGGGGCAGCAUAUGGUGUAAAGGUGAGAAAGGGACAGGAGGAGGUGGAGGUACAUGCUCCUGUGAUCAUCUCCAACUGUGGUCUGUUCACCACCUUCCAGAACUUACUGCCCCCUGAGACCCAGACCAAGCCAGACAUCCAGGAACGUUUGGACAUGAUGAAACAUGGCAGAGGAUCAUUAUUGGUCUUCUCUGGCUUUGAUGGAACCCAAGAGGAGCUGGGUAUUGUCUCCACCAACUUCUGGCUCUUCAAAAAUAAUGAUAUGAAUGGCUCAAUGGAAGGGUUCUUUGCCAUGAGUAAAGAGGAUGCACCUGAUAACAUCCCUAUGAUGUUCAUCACCUUCCCCUCUGCCAAAGAUCCUACUGCCAAGACCAGACACCCAGGGAAAUCCUGCAUGACGAUAUUGACCAUGGUGAAGUACGAGUGGUUUGAGGAAUGGGCAGACACCUCAGUAAGGAAAAGGGGAGAUGACUACAUCAACUACAAAAUGAAAUUUGCAAACAAUCUCUUUGACCGGGCGUGCACCCUAUUCCCCAAGCUGAGGGAAAAGUUGGUGUUCCAGGAUGUUGCGACCCCCCUGACUAACAUGCACUACCUGGGAGCCCAGCGCGGGGCCAUGUACUCUGCUGAGCACAACCUGGACCGCUUCCAUGCUGAGGCUGUGGCCAGGAACCGCUGCUCUACCCCUGUCAAAAACCUCUUUAUCUCAGGGCAGGAUGUGUUCAGCUGUGGGAUAGCAGGAGCGUUGCACGGGGGUCUCCUGUGUGCCUCCACAGUCCUGGACCACAUUGUCUACAUCGACCUCCUCUUCCUCAAGAAGAAGCUGAAGAAGCAGAAAGUCAGAAAGAUGGCCAGGCUGGUUAAGAAGCUCGAGUGAGGAGACUGCACUCCAUUUCUACGCUCCGGAGCGAAGUUUCCCCUGUAAUUGAACUUUCCCCUCCCCCAAUCCUAACCUAAAUCAUUAGUUGGGACAAUUUAAAACUGACCCAAGACCAGCGUCUAGGGCCAGCUUCACCCUACACACUACUUCUACAGUAAGGUAGCCUAUAAAGGGUCGGAAAAGAAGAAGAAACCGCUAACAUCCGGUUUUCAGGGAUACAGCAUCUUCAACAUAGCUUCCAUUUCCUCUGAAAACCGCAUGUAGGGACCACAGGAGGUUGGUGGUGCCUUACUUGGGGAGGAUGGGCUCGUGGUAAUGGCUGGAGUGCAAUAGGUGGAAUGGUGUCAAAUACAACAAACACGUGGAUUCCAUGUGUUUGAUGCCAUCACAUUCGCUUCGUUCCAGCCAUUAUUGUGAGCCGUCCUCCCCUCAGCAGCCUCCACUGGUAGGGACUGCUCGAGCGGUUCUUUUACGCCUGCUAGGUUAACAGUAAGGCUGUUCUCUACUUCCUCCGCAGGACUAAGUCUGAACUGCAGGUUUCAUUCUGAUACUAUGACAUCAUAACAAGCUGAGGAGAUGGAAUCCCACAAACCAUUUCUGGUUACAUCUUCAUUCCUAGAACAUUAGCAUGAAUGUUCUGAGAGGGGUAAAAUGGUUAACACUUUUGGUUAAAACGUUUGACAGAGUUUCCCAGGGAUGUAUACAUAUUGUAUGUAACUUUACAAUUACAGAUUGAUUUGUAAAUACAGAAUCUGCCAAUGGAAAGUAAUCCUUGAAUAUAUAUGCACCACUUACACUGUGUCAAAGUUUUAAAUGUUUUAAUGUGAAUCAUUUAAUAUUGUAUUAUUGUAAACAUGUAACAUGGUAAGACCAGGUUCCAGGAUAAAGUGACUAAGGGGACAGUUUAAAUCGGCUAUCGGGCACAAUUUUUGGGUUCUUGCAUUGGAAUUAUAUUGAAUUCUGCUUAUAUCAGCUUAUACCACAAUAAACACUUCAAACCGACACUCUGAGAUCAUUGAGUGCUUUUGAAGUGACAGGUUGGCACGAAAUCUGUAGCCUAGCUCAGCUGUGCUGUAUCAGCACAAUGGACAGCGCCCUAACAUACUAAAGCAAGGCCGUUUUGGUAAUGAAUAUAGGCUACAAGAUAGGCUGUUUGAAAUAGGUGAAUUACCUUGUCUAUGUGAAUGCAGUCUUACACACCGCUGUCUUAACAAAAUAAUACUAACUAAAUGCUGAAAGUAGUAGCUUAGUUAUUCAUGCAUGCAAGCAAAAACACUGAACAGCAGUUUGGCUUAGAAUACCGACACAACUGUGAAUGCGAACGAGAACAGAACAAAACAACGGUACCAAGUAGUAGGCCUAGAAAACUAAAUAUCAGAUCAAUAGAGGCAUGACACAAUCUAGAUUUAGGUUAGUUACAUUAACAGUAAACAAUGCAGUAAACAAAAGGCUAAAUGGAGAUCCAAAUAACCAAAACCUAGCCUACAACCUACUACAGUUAGAUGUAGACAUGCACAGCGGUCUUGCCAAAUAAAUAGGCCUAUAGGCCAGCUUCAAACAUGGAAAAUCAUGCCGCUCAUGAGUUUAGCAACACCUUGUGAAAUGGCACAAUACACUUCUGUGAAUCAAAUUAAACCUACAUAAUCAACUAAGCAAUGCCAUCCUACCAUAAACACGUUUCCAAUAUUACAGUUCCAUUUACAACCACGAAAAUCAAUCAAAACCAUAAUAGAAUGGAU